CUCUCUUCAAGAUCUUUUCUGCGGCACAUUUCUCUAAGUUUCUCGAGGCUCGCCACGGCGAGGUACGCAAGCGGUACGUUGCCAGUGCCGCUGACGGGACGGCCACACCCACUCCCGUGUUCAUUUGAACCUUGUUUCGUGAGUUCAUGGUGCUUCUAAUAGUUUUGUUCAGCAGCUUUGCGUGUGAGGCACCGCCUUCCGCGCCACUUUUUGCAUUUUGAGCUCCCAGUUGCCGCGAGUGAGCAGCUGUCUCGUGGGGGCAACGCACAUUUUGUGUGCCGGGGCCGGCCUGCGGCAGUUCCCCAGUAGACGCAUCGAAUGACUUUGAGACGUUUUCUAAGUGUGAGGGUACAGUUGGUUGACAACUUGGGACGACUAGGAGACUCGCGGGCACACUGAAGGACCGUGUUCCUUGUCCGUGCUGACAUCUGAAGCGUGGAUGGACUCGUCGGACCUUCCCGAGCGUCUUUCCUAGCUGAUUCAUGUUUCCGUACUUCCGUUUCUCAGAACCACCAUCUGCUGAUCUGUUGACACUUUUCUCGGUUGCGUUGAUCCCCUUUCUGUAUCUAGGCGAUGCUCGGUGUCUGCCUCCGCUCUUCUCAUUUUCCUUUGAGACAGAUGACACGCAGAGGACCGCCCAUCGCACACGCAAGUCGAGGCCGGCCUUUUCCCAGUGCGCGUACCCCCACAUGUUGCACGGUAACAGCGUCAAUCCAGUACAGAGUGUGUGUUUGGCCUUUCUUCCCCAUCCGCAGACAACUGAGGAAGCGUAGAAUCUGUGUCGCAACAACCACAAGGUAUACUCUGAUUGAAGGAGCGGAACAAAAAGCAUACGGGUAGUACCGUUGAAGAAUCCCCCCCCCCCUGACUGUCUUUUUCUAACGCCUCAAUCGCGGUGUGGCUUUUACGGGAGGUGUUGAUCUCUACAUCUCCUCUGCGAAGACAGGGAGGAUUGGAGGAGUGUAACCGUAGGUGACUCUGACUGAGAGAGCUGAGUGAUGCAGGACUCCGUGAGAGUUUGUCUGAUUCUAUAUCAAAGCAAGGAGACUUGACGAAACCUGGUCAUCCUUCACGGUUAUCAACUCAAUCGCUUUCUACAUUUGGAUGGCCCGCUCCGAAGGCGUAGGGCAAGUGACGAACAGCAGCAGGGCGUCGGCUCAACCGAACCGGCUCCCGACUCUUCGUUGUCGGCUUCGGAAGAAGCCAGUCUGCGGUUCCGUGGAGGCACGGUGCAAACGACGAGCCCGGCGAGAAGAUACAAGACACCGAAAAAUGGGUGACAGGAACAGCAGCACACGGAGACCUGUGGAGGACGAGGAAGCAGCAGAGAUGCCGUCGGCUAGCUCCCGCGUCCCCAGAAGGACUCGAAGCCGCCUCGAGGGCUCUGAAGACUCCGCGUCGCAUGCGCCGUCUCGGACGCACCAGAAGAACAGCGACGGGAACCUGUCAGAGGGCGACGGGUCUCCUGGGCCGGGGUGUUCGCUUGCUGCGCGGUACGCGACAGAGGCGACGCCGACGUCGUCAAACUCCGCUUCCGGAUCUCGAGAGUCAUGUUCCAAGAGACCUGGAAGAGAGGCAGGGACAGCUGUGCGUGCGACUUUGAAACGAGAAGAGAAGAAACGCCAGGAGGGUCCCGAGAGCGACAGCCAUGGUGAGUCUGCGCCUCCACUCGACCCAUCCACUUUCAGAGACGCAAAGGAGGGAGGCCCUCUGGAGGCCGAGAUCUUUGAGGCUGCACACGACGGCCGGGCGGGACCGAAGCACGUGCAUGCGAGCCGUCUGAGAAGUGCAAAGACGUCGCGGCACCGGUUGCAUGCGUCUUCCCAUGCGUCCCCGCGGCAUGGUCCUCCUCUCGAUUUCUCGGCUCCAACGUCUCCUGCUGCGACCGCGUCUCCGUCUGAUCUUCGGGACGCCCUUCCGGCAUCCCGCCGUCUCACAUCUGCGCUCCAUGCGCCGAGGAAGACUGCGGCUCGCUCUUUCUUUGCUCACUCUUCUUCGCGACUCGCCUCGCGGAGAGACCGACCCCACAGCGUGUCUCCAGAAACCUUUUCCCGGCGGCGCUCGACAGACUCCUCUGAGGUUUCCUCGUGCAGCGGCGGAGCAGGUGACGCCUGCCUGGCGCCUGUCCAGGCUUGGCUGUCGCCGUCGGCCUCUUCACACAGGCCGCCGCAGUCCUAUCUGCCUAGGUCAGCAUGCGGUUUGUCGGCUUCCAGCGGGAAGAAACGGCUUCGGUCAGAGCGGCGCGGAAAAGGUGGGAAACGAGGAAAGGGUGGACCUCACAAGGGAGAGUGUUUUCCGGGCCUCCGAAGCUACCCCCAGAGCGAACAGGCGCCAACGCCCCACCCCGCGAGCUCUGGAGACGAGUGGACUGCGACGCGUUCUCAAGCGCCUUCAGCAGCUGCUGCCGGUGCCCCAGCGAGCGCUGCAGGGGCUGCGGGACAUUCGGUUUCUGCGGCUUCUCUCCAAGGUCUCUACCGCGCAAACAAUCGACACUGGCAAAACAACUGCCUCCUUCUCUACGAGCAUGUCAUGGCACACACACUGGAGUGGCCGUCUCUCACGACGCAGUGGAUGCAUUCCCGCAACCUGAAGGCGAGCGGCGAGAUGGGGCAGACUCUGCUUGUGGCGACACACACCAGCGGCCCUCAACACCCGAAUUUUCUUCUGCUCAUGGAAGUGACGCUUCCUUUGGAGCCCAUCCAUCCGUCUGGAAUGCACUUCGGACAACGCCAAGACUACGUCGGCUUCGACUUUGGGGAGGAGGAUAGUCGGAAGUUCACCGUAACCUGCCGCAUUCCUCACGAGGGAGAGUCGAACAAGGCUCGGCUGUGUCCAAGCGAUCAAACGAAGGUCGCCUCCAAGGCUCUCGACGGAUGCGUCUACAUUUUUGACUUUUGCAAUUUCGGACCCUGCGCGCUUCCUUUCUCGAGUGCCGCCGGUGAAGGCGCGAAGCACCUGAAGAGCGGAAAAGCGCGAGAGAGCGCAGAGACAGCGACGCCUGCAGACUUCAUGACUGCCCAGGCUGAGGUAGUCCUCUGUGGACAUACAGCUGAAGGGUGGGGCCUUGAAUGGGGACCUCCGGGGCGAGAGAACGUCAUCGCGUCGGCUGCGGAUGACGGCAUCAUCUGCGUCUGGGAUCUUCAUUCGAAGCCCCAAACGCACAAGCGACUCGCGCCUCUUCACAAGUUGGUUGCUGACAGCAGACUCCGUCCGUUACAGGAUGUGUGCUGGAAGCGCGGUGAAGGCGAAGGCGAGGUGCUUCUGGGCAUCGGUGACGACGGCUACUUGAACAUGUGGGAUCUGCGCGUAUCGCCAGCUCCGGUUGUUCGGACGCAGUGUAGCUGGACAUGCACGAACGCCCUGGCGGCGAACGCGAAUGCGCCCUACGUCGUGGCAACUGCAGGCGCAGACAAAGGAGUAAGCAUCUGGGACUUGCGAGCUCUGCGUCGCCCCGCUCACCGACUGCUGCAUGCGCACGGUGAGGCUGUCACCUGCCUCAAGUGGGCUCCCGGCGAGAAGACAACUCUUGCGUCAGGCAGCACCGACCGUCUCAUCCGGAUUUUCGAUCUGUCGCUAGUUGGCGCAGAGCAGGAGAGCGACGAGGCCGAAGACGGACCUCCCGAGCUUCGCUUCGUGCACGGGGGUCACCUGGGCGCAGUCAACGAUUUUGACUGGAACCCACAGGCGGAUUUGUUUUCCUUGAUGCUCGCGUCGGUCUCCGAAGAUAAUGCGCUCCAGAUCUGGCAGCCGACACGAAAGGCUUUCAAGCGCGACAGUCUGUUUGAAGCCCGAGAUGGAGAAGACUCCGUGCACUACUACGGCGAGGUCGACGGCGACGACGUCGAGUGAACAGAGCUCGCGUUUCGUCCUCCUCGGGUUUCCGGCGUCCAAGUUGUGUGUGUCUUCCUCAGCUCGUCUACAGCUCGCUCUCUCCCCACAAGUCUUCACUCGACGUUCGCGCGCCCUCGUCUUUACGUCCGUAGCCACAGAGAGGGGCAAGAGAGCCCAAUGCGUUCUCAUCUGUUUCUCAGAUUGAGAAGGCAACGCGAAUCCUCCGUUUCUUGCCGCGCGUCAUCUGUGGAGUUCAUCUGUGUAUGCCGCUGCCUCCUUCGGAUCAGAUUAGCCGUCGAACGCAGUGCAUGCGUUAGCUGGGCUUCGAGGCGGUCGGUUCACGGCUCGCUUCUCUCCCUGGAAGAAGGCACUUGUUUUUGCGAGAGUUGCCUUCCCCAGAAAGGAUUUUGCAAGGCGAAAGAAUGCUGGAAAACGGAUGAAGCAAGGCCUCCAUGAAAUCAAAGGCGAAGUUCGCUCUGAAGUGAAAAGCAAGAGUCUCUAGGAACUUUCAUGCGAAGUCUCCAACGCUCGGACGGGUGGCGUCGGGGCGCUUUCCAGGCGACGCGAAGUUGCCCCCAAUUCGUCCACCGAGGGCACAAACCGACGGACUCGAGAAAGUAUGCUUUUGAGCUCUCAUGUUUGCGCAUGCAUUUUCAGAGCGAGGUGGACGAGGGAAAAGGCAUGAGUGCACGCAAACCCAACUCAACGUAUCGACUUUACGAGUUUGUAUUGAUACAUAUAUAUAUAUAUAUAUAUUCAAGCAUGUAUUUAUCCAUAGAGUUACCAAUAUAUUUAUCCAUAUGUAUAUACAUAUAUAUAUGUAUAUAUAUAUAUAUAUGUAUAUACAUGCAUAUCAAGCGCCUGGUGGCUUCGCUGCGAAGAGAUUCGUCUAACUGAAUGCAUGCGCCGAAAAGCAUCUGUGUGCUGUUGAUCGCGCACACGGCAGGAAGGCACUCUGAAUAAUGCUUAACCAACGGAUCCCCUGGCCGGAAAAAAACCUACAGAGGUCUCAGACGAAACUCUGGAAAAAAAACGGCACAUGCGACGGCAUCUCGACAGAGAGGAAACACUUAUACCGUUUGU